GCGACGCCGGUGUUUGUAGCGGCAUGCAAGUCUCUCGAAGCGGAAGCAAGGGACAAGGCGCUUCCUCGUUCAGGUCGGGGUCAUGCCAGCAGUGGAAAAAUAAUUUACCUCCACACAACUGUGCUGGUCAUCGACUCUGUCGCUGGCAACUCUGAGGUACUUACUGAUCCAGUUCAGGUAAUGAUGAAGAGGCUUACAGUCCUGAAAGGCGACGAGAAUCGGCCUGUCGGCGUGUUGGAGCUCCCGCAUUGUACUUAACAAUAUGGAACUAGGGAACUAGGAAAACCCAGCCGCGGGAUUCCUUCUACUUCACCAAGUACGCGCGCAGAAGCGUUGCGGUUUCCUAACUGCACAGUUUGCUUCAAAACGAUCAUGAAGCACACUUGAGGACAACACAAGGACUUCUACUCGAAGGCGAUAAGGGUUAUUGCAAUCACGUCCACAUCGACGGCUCUCACCCUCGUGGAGACUGGACUCCGAUGCAAUGUGUCUCAUUGUCCCGGAGGCCAGCCUCAACGAGAGAUAGAAAGAGGCAGACGCUGGCUGGGUGACGGCGCCGGUUCCGCUGGAUUGGUCUAUCUGACUUCAUACUCGGAUGUCGAUAAUGACACGACUCCGGAGAACGCUACAAUGGAAGACGUCAUAUUCGGACCUCAGUACGCAAGAACCCUGCGAAUCGCCUUCAUCGGCGUCAUGCUCGUCUUGUCACUCGUGGGCAACUCAUUUGUGUGCUACCGGCUCCUUACGUCUCGACGCCAGAGACUGCUCAAAACGCAGGUGCUGUUCCUCAACUUGGCCCUGGCUGAUCUUCUGGUCACUGUGGUCACAAUUAACUCGCAGCUUCUCUGGGAGAUCAUGGGACGCGUGUGGGUCGCUGGUGAGGUUCUUUGCCGCGUAUUCAAGGUGCUGCAGACGUACACUCUGGUCUCGUCCACCUACAUGCUAGUGGGCAUCGCUGUGGAUCGUCAUUACGCCAUAUGCAAUCCACUGAAACCGGCGCCCAAGCCUCAGAUGGUGGCAGCGACCUGCUGGCUGUUGUCCCUCGUACCGUCCGUGCCAAACCUGUUCGCGUUCCGCCUUGUAGUGGUUCGGGACAAACACUACUGCGCCUCGGUCUUCUACGUGUAUCGAGACUACACUGCUGUGCGGCAGGUCUACAUGGCAUUCGUUUUCGCUCUCGUGUUUGUGGUGCCGCUCGUGGCGCUGGUCGCGCUUUACGCGAGCGUACUGCUCCGGUUGUGGAGGGCGGCUGCCACCGCCACACCAGAAUUGCCGCGGGCACGAAGCACUAUUGUUAACUCUCCGGGCCGGGACAGAGACCGCAGCACGCUGCCCAAGGUGCGUGUGCGGACGCUCAAGAUGGCAGCAGUUAUAUCCUUGGCGUUCUUGGUGACCAAUCUUCCGUACAUGGUGCAGGAGAUGCUGCUGGCCUUCGCGCCAGGCGUAUCGCUGGGACCGAGCGCAGUGGCGGUGUUCGGCGUCAUCUCGGCUUCCAACAGUGCCGUCAACCCGUACAUCUACCUCGCGUUCAACGGAGGUGCGGGCGCCACGGUGUGCGAAGCGCGCAUGCGCGGAUUAUGGCGCCGCCUGACGCGCUCCUCGGCGUCGAAGCGAACCACCGUUUCCUUCCGCACGCAGUGUCCGACGCUCAAAACGCCCGAUAAUAAGAGAGUGCCGGCGGCAGCAGGGCUGCCUCUUGCACACGAUCUUGAAAACUGUGAAAUGCAGGAAAAGACGAGUGAGCAGUUUUAAUGUACAGUAACGUUAGGGUUUACUGGAACCUUUUAGUAAGGUUGACGACGCCAUCCCGUGCCUAAAGUUAGCUCGCACUAUCUAGUGCCAGACUGGGUUAAUUAGAGAACACGGGGGAGGCCUUCGUCCCGCAGGGAACAUGAAUUGGCUGAUGAUGACGAUGACAAUAAUAAUAGUGUUGGUGGUGAUGAUGAUGAUGGACGUCGAUCGAAACUAGUUAAAGCUGGAUAUCAUAUCCAGCUACAUGAUCCACCGGCACGGGCUAGGUUGGGGAAAGGUUGAACUUUUUGAACGUUGUUUUCAAGCACAGAACGGCACAGGAAACUUAACUACCGGCGUGGUGCCACCCCCAUUGCGCUUUGCUGUGAAGCACGAUGUCGCGGGUUUGAAUCCAGCCGCGAUAAUCGCGUUGACUACGGGUGGCUAGAUUUGGGUGCACGUUAAGAAAACUCUGGUGGUCAAAAUUAAUCCGCAGCAAUUCACCCUAUGGCCCCCUCAAAGCACAGGAUGUUGUGUUGUGAUGUCAAAAGUUCAUAAGUCAAUGAAUAAAAGAACUAAGCUAUAGGAUGGGCACGAAGCUGUCAUGAAAUGUUUCCACACUGUGUACCCGAUUGUUGUGAAUGCAUUAUUCUACUUGUGUUCAUAGCUUGGCCGACAAUGCUGGAUUGAUUUGAAUAAAUACUAAUUUCUGUGG